AUGAGAAUUCUUUGUAGUCUUACCUCGAUUGCUUUUCCCAAUGGAGGAGCUCCAAUUAGGGCAUUGGAGAAGCCGAAGCCAUUGCGGAGGUCAGUUGUCUGCGAGGUGGCCUCGAAGAAGAAGGCUGAUUCAGCCUCGAAGAGGGCUCGGCAGGCUGAGAAGAGGCGCAUCUAUAACAAGGCUAAAAAGUCUGAGAUGAAGACCCGGAUGAGGAAGGUAUCAUGUUAUUUAAAACACUUCCUUCCAGAUUUGUGAUUAUGGGCAUCUUGG